CAUUUUGGCCACUAUUACUACCAAUUACUACCAAGAACCACCACACCACUACUGACUGCUGUCACAUUACGGCACUUUGAAAUACAAUACAGGACAACCCUAGUACUCGCCGCGACGUCGGCUGUGGAUGUUGUGUGUGUUCGCAUUUUGCGAAAUGUUAUGACGUGCAGUUACUGUCUUUGUUUUAAUAACAUUCGGACAGUGAUACUGAACCUUUUUAGAUUAAAUAAUGUAAUAAGGCGAAUAGGCAACGUUAGCCAGUAGCCCCAUUGCAAUGUUUUUCUUCAAAGUAUGAUCGUGCCAACUACAGGAGUUAUUAGCAUAGUUAGGUGUUCGCAUUGGUUAAGUUUUGUAAAUGUUGUGCCAACAAUGAGAUAGUGUAGUGUUGUGAUGUGGUUGUGGGACAUGUGGGGUGUGCUAUGGGUGGUACAGGCAGUGGCGCAGCUGAUUGCCGUGUUGGGGACGCCGCUGGAGCCAGCAUUGAACUUACGAGGGGUGUCGCUGACUCCGUUCGUGCGGCACUGGCAGCCGGCGCAGUACUCUCCGCUAGAUGGGGCGCGCCGCCGUCGCUCGCUGCCCCCGCAGCCCCCGCCCGCCCCGCCGCCCCACCGCCCGCACGCGACCGCCCCGCAGCCGCUACGACUCUCAUUCACAGCUCAUAACAGAGAGUUCCGACUGGUGCUGCGGCCAGAUCCCAGUUCUGUGUUCGCGGAGGACGUGCAGUUUCAUUCUUCGGCGGGGCCUUUGCAGUACAACACAGCGCAAGUCUACUCCGGCAAACUAGAAGAUGACGACACAUCUCACGUGUACGGCGUCAUUACCGCUGAGGGCCUCUUCGACGGCACGAUAUGGACCACCGGCGAGGAGUACUACGUGGAGCCGGUGUCUCGCUACAACAUAGAGCACCCUGCCAUGCAUAGCGUCAUCUACCGCCGCUCCGAUGUGCAGCACCCGCCGCGGGCCGAGGGCCAGCCCUGCGCCUCUCAUCUCCUGCAUCUCAAGCGAACCCUCGGACAUCAUGCCGAACUAUUCAACUUUACACACCAUUCUAAUACAGACAAAGAUACUCACAUACACAAUAACACAGAUGAUCUCACCACACAAAUACAUCGACGGAAGAAACGAUGGCUUCCCGAUGAUGAAAUGCAAGACGAUCAACCGAUGAAAAAUCCCGAUCUACCAUUAGACUUAGAUGUACCUUACACGAGCAACAGCGAUCCCUUCGAUAAGUUCAGUACUAGGAAACCUAAAACGAAAAUCGAUAAAAGUAACCUCAUCACUAAAGUGAGACUAGAUUCGGAAGAAACUAGACCGAAACCAAAGACUCACGUCGAAGUUAUAAAGACUAAAGCAGGUGUUGUAACGGUCAGUAAAGACGUUGUUAAAAAGGAACCCAUGGGGUUUACUGUAUUGACGGCUAAUGCGACAGACGACGGGAGACAUGUAAAUAAAAGGGCCACUGUAGACCCUAGGAAGACUACAUGCCUAGUGUACCUGCAAGCCGAUCAUAUGUUCUACCAAAGAUACGGCUCCGAGGAGGCGUGUAUUGAAGUGAUGACCCGACACGUACAGAAAGUUAACGCCAUUUAUAAAGUCACAGAUUUCAAUCAAGAUGGCAAAGCAGACAAUAUUACGUUCAUGAUAAAAAGAAUAAAAGUUCACACGUUAGAUGCUUUGAAAGAUCCCGCUUAUCGAUUUCCGAAUAAUUAUGGCGUUGAAAAAUAUUUGGAGCUGUUCUCGGAGGAAGACUACGAUGCCUUCUGCCUAGCAUAUAUGUUUACGUACAGAGACUUCGAGAUGGGUACGUUGGGUUUGGCUUGGACUGGUGACCUCAAGAAUGCGGGCGGCGUGUGUGAAAAGAAUGGCCACUACCGCGGCAGCAUGAAGUCUUUGAACACUGGCAUAGUGACGUUGCUUAACUACGGCAAGCACGUGCCCCCCGCUGUGUCGCACGUCACACUUGCUCACGAGAUCGGACACAACUUCGGAUCACCGCAUGACCCAGAAAUGUGUACUCCAUUCGGCGAGGACGGCAACUACAUAAUGUUCGCGCGCGCCACCAGUGGAGACAGAAAGAACAACAACAAGUUCUCACCGUGUUCGCUGCGCGCUAUCGACCCGGUGCUUAACAACAAGGCGCGCUCGCCCAAAGGAUGCUUUACAGAGCCUCAGCCAGCGAUCUGCGGCAACGGUGUAGUGGAGGAGGGUGAGGAGUGCGACUGCGGCUGGGCCUCCGAAUGCACCGACGUGUGUUGUCGCCCGCAGGCCGCGCGCCCACACUACAAGCCCUGCACGCUCACCGAGCACAGCGUCUGCAGCCCGAGCCAGGGUCCGUGCUGCACGGCGUCGUGCACGCUGAAGUUCGGCGACAAAUGUCGGUCGGACAACGGAUGUCGCGACGCCGCGCACUGUGACGGUCGCCGCGCCGCCUGCCCCGCCAGCAGACACAAACCCAACCGCACACGCUGCGACAAGGAGCUCGUCUGCUUCAUGGGAGAGUGCACAGGGUCCAUCUGCCUGGCGUACGGGCUGGAGUCGUGUCAGUGCGGCGCGCGCGCAGACGACCCGCGCUCUGCGUGCGAGCUGUGCUGCCGCGCGCCCGGCGGACCUUGCCGCUCCUCCUUCCACUGGAACACACCGCCCUACGACGUGCCCGACAUGUAUGCCAAGCCUGGCACACCUUGCAACGACUACAAUGGAUACUGCGACGUGUUCCAGCGUUGCCGUGAGGUGGACCCAUCAGGUCCGCUGGCAACACUGCGCAAGCUGCUGCUGUCAGACGAGAGCCUGGCCGGGUUCAGGCGCUGGGUGCUGCGCCACUGGUACGCCGUGCUGCUCAUACUGCUCGCGGUCAUCGCACUAUUGUUUGCAAGUACCCGUUUCCUCGGCCGUCACGGCAAGAAGCUCAAGUCCGUCACCAUCAUCCACUCCUCGACAACGGAGACCGUCCGUCUGCCAGACGCCGCUGACCAGGGCCUCAUCGUGCACACCGCUGUCAGAUCUAAACUGCCUCUAAAGAAGAAAGUAGCGUUACGAACUCGCGCUUAUAAGAUAAAGAAGGACCAUCAGCACAAACUGGGAGACAAGGCAUCGCCCUCCUACAACGCUAACAAGAAGAGGAAACCAAACACUCUGUCGAAGCCAGAAGAAAGUCAUAAAGUAACAAAAGAGAGCGCAGCAGUUGUGACAAACUCUGACGGAAAGUCUCCGAAACACAUCCUUCUGACGAAACAUAAAGGAAAAGUCAAGAAACGCAAGGCGAAGGUGAAGAGCGCGACGAUAGACUACAGCUCGAUGCAGAAACAUCCAGCCUCUCCCGUCAAGGACUCUGAGGCCUUGUCCAAGGUGCAAAAAUGGCUGCUCAGCUCGCCGCAGCCCACCGCCAUACCCAAGUCUAAAUCCAUCCCCCUCGGUCUCACAGAACGAACGAGCCGCCAAGUUACGAAGAGCGCUCGCAAAACUAGACCCUCCAAGAGUGCAACCAACCUUCUCUCCGGCGAGAAGGCUCGACUUCAAGUCGUGUUCAAGCCUCCGUUCAGAUUCAGCGUUAAGAUUUGUAAAAGCGACAAAACUAAAGUCGUUUUGGACAAAUCGUCGAAGCCCGACGUUGAUAGGAAACGCCACGAUCUAACACAACAGCUCGGCUCGGCGGACCUCGGCAAAGUCAUCGCUAACAAACCUAAGCAUACCAGUGCGGCUAAGACUAGUGUAGAUAACACGACUAACAGCACUAACUCAGAUAAAACGCAGGGCCAAGAUAAAGUCGCGCACGGAUACGAGAACCUGCUCCCGCGCAGCGCCAGCGACUGCAAGCUCGGCAAGAAGCUGCCAGAAGCGAAACAUCGCAACGGACACAAGAAGAGCAACUCCGUCGGACAAAAGCGGGAGACGACCGAGAGCAGACAGAAUCUGAUCUCGCAGGACGACGGCGACGCCAACAACUGCCACGUGUACGAAAAUGUGCUCGUGUCGGACAAGGACAGCUUCGUGCCUCGGAGCUGCAGCAUGCCGCGCCGCCAGCCCCCCGCCGCCAUCGCGCGCCAGGCCAGCCACGGCCAUCUGCCGCGCGCGCAGCCCCGCCCGCAUCCCGCCGCGCACCGCCACAGCACCAGCACCAGCAACAUGCGCACGCGCACCGCCAGCACCGACGACCUGGACCACUUCUACAGCGUCAUAGACACGCUGCGCCGCGACAACGCCGCCUGCGACACCAACACCACCAGCUCCUCCGGCAGCAGCCGACACGACGCCAAGUCGCGCCCGAGCAAGUCGUCCCGACAGAACAGUCUGGUCGACAAGGCGCGGGUGACGCAGACCGACGGCAAAAUGAGACGGCAGUCGAGCGAGGCGGAGCUCGCCCAGGCCGAGCCGGAAGGUCCCCGCGGGUUCCAGCUGGUCGUCGGCAAGGACAAGUUGAAGCGUCAGCUGAGCGACAACGAGUUGAGCAGGUCGCGUCUGCACCUGGCGAUGCCGAUGUCCGCUGGUGCCGAGCCGCGCCAGGCGUUCUGUUGGAACAAGCGCGCCAGCCUCGACUGCGAGUCCUCGUUGCCGGCCGCACCGCGCUCCCCGCACAAGCAGAGGAGCAAACUGAAAGCGACCUACACCUUCGGAGAACUGAAGAAUACCGUCCCCAACGCGACCGACUCCAGCGAUGGCAUCCACAUCUCACCGGAGGACUUCCUAAAGAUCAUAGACAAUUAACAUUCCAUAGACUACUAGUUUUAAGUUUUUAAACUAUGAACAAAUAAUCGAUGUGUAUAUUAGAUAUACCUCCUGUGUAUCUAUUGACGGCUGAUGUAAAUAUUGUAAUUUGCUUUUAAUAGUAAGAUUAACAUAACCUGCCACUGAAACAGGCCAUUGUUCAGUUGUCUAAAAGUAACUUUUAAAUACUAAUAAUACAACAAGACAAAUAUUCAAUGCUAAAAGUUCUCUUAAAUUUAGAAUGAGACUUUAUGUGAACCAUUUAAGACUACUUUCUGAUUAUACUCAGUGUAAUAUUUAGUUUACAAAUAUAAUAAUUCCACUAUGAAACCUAAUAAUAUUAUUUUCUUAUAUUUUUUAGUUGUAAGUUCGCAUCGGCUUGUAUAAAAUCUCAUCCUAAACUUCUUUAUGGUCCUAUGCUUCUCUAUGGUAUAAAAUUUUAUUUGAAUCUGUGACAGUUCUAUGACAAUAUGUCAGCAUUUCCCGCCAUGUCAAAGUUUGGACUAGCAAUGGUCUCGUUUCACUGAACCAUCUCUAUAAAUGAAUCUCUAUUUUUUCUACAUACUAUGUACCUAUUGUACAAAAUUUACUCAUACAUAUGUAAAAGUGUUCAUAUGCUGUUACUUUAUACAUAGCAAUGAUCAAUUAUUUUACGCAAAUCUCUUUUUAAUUUAUGUAUUUUAUCGCGUCUACAUUAAUGCAAUAUUGAAUGUGCUUAGUACAAUAAUAAUACUUCAUAAUAUCGAAGUAUAAGUUUGUUUUUUUAAAUAGCUGUCAAUUAAAAUGUCAAUCUGUUGUAGAAUUAACUAAAAUGUAUCCGCACCACGAAUCUCCUAACACAAGUAACAAUUUAAAAUUGAUUCAGUCAAUAUAGACAUCCCAGUGAAAUGAAUUUUAGCAGCACUAUGAAGUUAUGUAAAUAUAAAAGGGGCUUGGAAAAAAAGCUAUUUACUCUAUUCAUUUUAACAUGCAAAGUGCUUUAAAACUGUCAUAUAUUUUUUUCUGUUUUAUUUUUUUAAUCUGUGCUAUAUUUUUCAUAAGACAAACAUUCCACGGGAUCCUAUUUCAAACAA